CUUCAAUGGCAAUUAUUUGCGGCCAUCACCACUUUCUUCUCUACUUGGUCUCUCUCUCUCUCUAGUUGUUGUUCUCUCUCUCGCAUCCAAUUCAUCGUCCUCACGUUCCUUCCUUUUUGUUUAUUCAUUCAUCUUCCUUGUUUUGAUCAUCACAUUUCUGAUUUCCCUUUUGGGCCACAUUUUACAUAUAUCUAGGGUUUUGAGAUGGUUGUUAAUUGAAAGAUAAAUGGUGGAAGAUUCGGAGGAAUUGGCUUCACAUUGUGGGUGUUUCUGGGUUCCUCAGGUUUAAAUCUGAGGUUGAUUAUCUUGUUUUUUUGGCAAUUGUGAAGAAGAAGAAGAGGUGGAGGCAAUGAGCGCUUCAAGGUUCAUAAAGUGCGUCACCGUUGGUGAUGGAGCUGUUGGUAAAACCUGUUUGCUGAUCUCCUACACCAGCAACACUUUUCCCACGGAUUAUGUUCCCACUGUUUUCGAUAACUUUAGUGCAAAUGUGGUUGUUAAUGGAGCCACCGUGAAUCUUGGAUUGUGGGAUACUGCAGGGCAAGAGGACUAUAACAGAUUAAGACCUUUGAGUUACCGCGGUGCCGAUGUUUUCAUUCUUGCCUUCUCUCUCAUUAGUAAGGCUAGUUAUGAGAAUGUUUCCAAGAAGUGGAUCCCAGAGUUGAAGCACUAUGCUCCUGGUGUCCCAAUUGUCCUCGUUGGAACCAAACUUGAUCUUCGGGAUGACAAACAGUUCUUCAUCGACCAUCCUGGUGCUGUCCCUAUUACCACUGCUCAGGGAGAGGAGCUUAAGAAGCUAAUUGGAGCGCCUGCUUACAUCGAGUGCAGUUCAAAAUCACAAGAGAACGUGAAGGGCGUGUUUGAUGCAGCGAUCAGAGUGGUCCUUCAACCUCCAAAGCAGAAGAAAAAGAAGAACAAAGCACAAAAGGCCUGCUCCAUUUUGUAAUAGCUCUCAUGGAAGCUCUCUGAGAUGUCAUCAGGGUGGUUUUAAGAAGUAUUGGAUUUUCAUUUUUCUUGUUUUCCGUAUUCAUUGUGAUCUCUUAGUAUCUUAAAAACGAAUUGUGGGGUUAAUUCAACUUCUAUUUUAACUGAUAGCCGAGAGAGCUAAUGUUUAGGCA